UCCGUGGCGUGCGGUCAGAGCAGUUUUCACCGAGCAUCAUCAUCAUACUAAAUAAGGAAGCAACUGAAUUGAAAACAAAUAUCAAUACUGAUUAAGUUACCUAAUCAACAAGUUUUCACUUUCAAUUUAUACCAACAUGGUCAAGAAUCGUCGCUAUGAAGAGGACGCAGCAUAUGGUCUGGGCGUCCGGCACUGGCAAACUUUCCUGUUUUUCUUCGCACUGACGGUGGCCUAUGCCCAGCGCGUCAAUCUGUCUGUGGCCCUGGUGGCCAUGACAGAUGCCGCUGCCGCCAAUCCCGAUUUUCCGGAGUACGCAUGGCCAGAGAAGACUAAGUCCUUGAUCUUGAGCAGCUUCUUUUGGGGCUAUGUGCUGACCCAGGUGCCCUCCGGUCAGCUGGCUCGCAAAUUUGGCGGCAAGGUCACGCUGCUGGUGGGUCUGUCCAUCUGCUCCGUGCUCAAUGUGCUGACGCCCAUCUUUGCCCGUUGGGGCGACUGGCAAUUGGUUUGCGCGUUGCGUGUCGUUGAGGGCUUGUGCCAGGGCGUGGUCUUUCCAUCGGUGCACACGCUCAUCUCCGCCUGGGUGCCGCCCAAUGAGCGGCCUGUGCUGGGCACCUGCGCCUAUGCGGGCAACCAGUUCGGCACGAUCGUCAUGAUGGCCACGAGUGGCCUGCUGGCCUCCUCCUCCGCUGGCUGGCCGAGCAUCUUCUACGUUUCCGGCGGCGUCGGCCUCGUCUGGGCCAUUCUAUUCUUCAUCUGGGGCGCCAGCUCACCGGCGCACUACAAGAAGAUCUCCGCGGAGGAGCGCAAAAUGAUCGAGCUGGCACAGGCGAGCGAAUCCGUAUCGGAGCAGCCCAAGGAGAAGCUGCACACGCCCUGGCUCAGUUUCUUCACGUCGCCGGCCUUCCUGGCGCUGAUCGUGGCGCACAGCGCCAACAACUGGGGCUUCUGGACGCUGCUCACCGAAAUUCCCAGCUACAUGAAGAACGUCCUCGGCAAGGACAUCAAAUCGAAUGCGCUGCUCUCCGCACUGCCCUACUUCGCCAUGUUCUGCAUGUCGUUCAUCUUCUCGGCCAUUGCCAUGCAGCUGAACAAGCGCAACUGCAUCUCGACCGUGGUUAGCCGGAAGCUCUUCAACUCGCUUGGCAUGUGGGUGUCGAUGUGCUCGCUCAUCGGCCUGGCCUACGUCACCGCCGAUCAGAGCACUAUGGCUGUCGCCCUGCUAACCGUGACUGUCGGCUUCAAUGGCGCCUGCUAUCUGGGCUUCCAGAUCAAUCACAUCGAUCUCUCGCCCAAUUUCGCCGGCAUUCUGAUGGGCAUCACCAACUGUGUGAGCAACAUUAUGAGCAUCAUAGCACCUCUACUUGUCGGCUUCAUUGUGACCAAUGAGCACGAUGUGGAGCAGUGGCGCAUUGUCUUCUUCAUUGCAGCGGCCAUCUAUCUGGUGGGCAAUGGUCUGUUCGUCAUCUUUGGACGUGCGAGUGUGCAGCCCUGGAACGAUCCGCCAGCCAAGCCACGUCGCAACUCUACGCCUCAGGUUGAGUCUCAGCACUAGAGACUCAUGGAGAGUAAGAGCGAGCAAACAUGAGAGAGAGAGAAAGAGAUGAGAGCGAGUGAGAGAGAGAGAGAGAGUCUAGCUAGUCAUCUAGUUAACAUUUCCAACCCACUAACUGCCUCGGUCCGCUUUGUUCGACUGAAGCUCAUCAAUUUAAAUGUAAUUCGAGUUUUGAUGUAUUCUAGCAUCAUUUGCUAUUCGCAUAUAUCUAUAUAUGUAUAUGUAUAAUUACUAUUUGAAUUUGUCGUCUUAAGUUUAGUGCGUAGUCCCUAGUGCUAAGUGCCUGUUGCAUAUGUAUAUAAAGACCAAAUAACGAAACUGAAAAAUAC